CCCCCUCGCCUAAGCAAUAAGUAUAGUGUCAAAACAAUAUUAUCAUACCAAAGCGAGCGGCCACGACGCCCAAUAGGUCCGCGUUUCCGACAUCUACCAUACCAUUAGCUAGUCCCCUCGGCCACGACGACGAUUGGAACCUUUCACCCCUUUCGGAAAACCGCACAAAAAGAACCACACUUUACAUAUCGCGGGCCAUUUGUCAAAGCAGUACGCCGCGCGUGCAUGUGGAUGUGUCAGAGUGCAGAAGUAGGAAGCGAGGAAUUGCAUGUCGGUCGACGAUUUUCAUGUAACUAGCAGCGAGAGAUUGGCGAGCCAAGCGGGUGACGAACAGUGUCGUGGGCGGGAUUCCCGAGAAGGGGGGUUGAAGAUGAAGGGGGAUAACAUCCACCUUCAUUCAGUGUGGCCGGUCGCAAUGGGAAUCGUGAACUCCACGGAUACGGUAAAAUGUCCCCUCCAUGCCGCUCAAGUUGGAUGAAUAUCGACAUACAUCAUCACGGAUGCACCCCUUCACAACCCUCUCCCGGAAAAAAUGUAUCAUUGGAGCUGUGAACCAGCCUCUAUAGCGUAAAAAAAACCUGCCAUCUGUGGCUGUCUUGCUCGGUUUUUGGCCCAAGUUGGAGCAUUUAACUGGCACUUUGCAAAUUCCGGCAUUGAACUUCUGGAUCUCGAUUCCCAUCUUUUCAUGAUAUCGUAUAACCCGUUAAGCAGCUAGGCGCAUCGGCAGGGUCCCUUCCACUUUUCUUCGGAUACCCGUAUGGAUUGGGAGGGGGAGCAGGAGUACGAUCAAAGGUAGGGAAGCUUAACUAUAAUUUGGCCACAACAUAAAGUGUCCCAGGGAUUUCCACCAUUCUACGUAUCGACGUCCCACCCCUUAGCUGUUGAAUAAAAUCCCAAUCCUAUCACUCGAUAACCGAAGAGUAGAAAUGCUAUCUCUUCUUGCCCUCCCGCAACCAUCGGUUGGUCACCUGCUGCGUGCCUAUGCAGCCGCAACCAGGAUCGAGAACAUUUCGAAAAGACUCCUCGCCCUGUAUCCCACCUUGCUCUUCGUGGCAAUUCUCCUCUUUUUUCCCUUCUAUAUUGCCUAUCUUUCAGUAUCCAAUAAAGUUCAUCUUCCACUCAAGCCAGGAAAACACUUGGCUAAAUUCAAGCGUAACCACUGGGAGAUUACAGACAAACUCCCAACGGGACCAUCAGACGAGGGUACAGAGUCGACCGAGAUCAGAGUUUCCAAGGAGUCUGUGUUCCCAGCGAACUGGUGGUCAAGUGAGGAGCUUUUCCAAUUGGAAAAGAGAGCGAUAUUCAGCAAGUCCUGGAUCUACGUCACACAUAGUUCACGGUUCGAAAAACCCGGAGACUACCUAUCUUUCGAGAUCACCGAUCUACCGUUCUUUAUAAUCCUUGGGAAAGACAAUCAACUACGUGCGUUCCACAACAAAAAGGGUAGCUCCGUAAUCAUAGGUAGUUGCCGAUAUCACGGCUGGUCGUAUAAUGUUCAAGGGGCGCUGAUCAACGCACCACAGUUCGAAGGUGUUGAGGGAUUUGAUAGAGACCGCAACGGUCUAUUCGAGAUACACACUCGCACGACCAAAGAAGGGUUUAUUUUCGUAAACUUCGAUGUCUCUGACCACGCUGUCGUGUAUCCCGAAGAUAAGCUUAACACAGCAGCGUUGCACCACGCAGAAGUCCAGAGAAGAUGGGUGGAUGGUUGGACAACUGAAGGAAGAUUCAACUGGAAAGUAGCACUUCGUAAGUUUGUUUUCCCUAUCAGUACUUAG